GGCGGGCCGGUGGAAAUCCUGCCGUUCCUCUACUUGGGCAGCGCUUACCAUGCCUCCCGAAAAGACAUGCUGGAUGCCCUGGGGAUCACGGCGUUGAUCAAUGUCUCGGCGAACUGCCCCAACCACUUCGAAGGGCACUACCAGUAUAAAAGUAUUCCCGUCGAGGACAACCACAAGGCCGACAUCAGCUCCUGGUUUAACGAGGCGAUUGAUUUCAUAGACUCUGUUAAAAAUGAUGGAGGAAGGGUAUUUGUGCACUGCCAGGCUGGCAUUUCCCGGUCAGCAACCAUCUGCCUUGCUUAUCUCAUGAGGACCAACAGAGUCAAACUGGAUGAAGCCUUUGAGUUUGUGAAGCAGAGGAGAAGCAUCAUCUCCCCAAACUUCAGCUUCAUGGGGCAGCUGCUUCAGUUUGAGUCACAGGUCCUUGCCCCCAACUGCUCAGCAGAAGCUGGUAGCCCUGCUAUGUCUGUGUUGGACAGAGGAGCAUCGACCACCACAGUCUUUAACUUUCCAGUCUCCAUCCCUGUUCACACCUCGUCCAGUGCUUUAAGCUAUCUUCAGAGCCCCAUCACUACUUCCCCAAGCUGCUGAAAAGCAGGUGAAAAUAUGGUCAGAACUCAGGCUUAUUGUCUCAGAAGUGCAAUAACUAUGAGGACAGUGUCAUCAGUCACUCGUGUUUUGUGAGGAACCAUCCAUGCAUCCCAGAAUGGUGUCAUAAACGGAGAGGAGCUCACC